GGCGACGGCAGCAGUCGUCCGACGAGAGACAGACUAGACGGCAGAGCUCACAACGCUGCGCAUCGCAAGCUUCGCAACGAGAGACAGGCGCGCGCGUGUGUGUGCGGUUAACAUAGAUAGAUAGAGAGAGAGAGAGAGAGAGAGAGAGCUUCGAGAUAAACCGCGCAGCAGCAGCCAUGCCCUAGCGCUCGGUAGCCGGACGAGCUCAGUGUGCCUCUGGCUCUUCUUCUCUUCCUUCCUCCUCCUUCUCCUGGCACUGGUGUCUCUCUCUCUACUAUCUCUCUCUACAUCUCUCUCUCUCUUUGCACUGCCUGUCCUAUUCUUUCUCUCCUCUCUUAUCCCGUCUUCUCUCUCUCUCCCGUGCAGUCACACCUUUCGUUCACUGUCUCUCUCUCUCGCGCGCGCGUACGAUAUACCCGCGCGAGCACACAGAGGAGGUCCAGAGAGCAAGAGAGGAGCAUCACCACGUAUACCUCGACGAGAAGAUACACAAGUGCAAAGAGAUAUACAUACCUAGUGCGCGAGUUGCGUCCGUCUUUGUCCGUCUCUCUCUCCCGCCGCUACACUUCGCGCUGUCUAUAUAUAUAUAUAUAUGACGGCUCGCCGCGGGUGCGUUCGUUGCUCCUACGCAGGCUGCGUUAACGAAUGAAAAGUGCCACUGAUCGAGACGCAGCGCACACAUAGCAGGGAUUAGCACUCUAGCUUUUCGGCCGACGACGACUCGGCUCUAGGAAGCAUAAUCAGAGAUACGGCCAUGAGGAGCGCCGCCACGAGCUGCCGCCGCUGCACCGCCGCUCAUCAGAGGAACGGCAGCAGCAGCGACGACGAGCUGCACAAAGCAGCCGCCCUGAGCUCCUGAGGAACUGCCGCCCCCUUUUCUUCUUAUACACACACGCGCACUGGAAAAUCUUAUUCUUUUUUCGCGCCAUCUCGUCUCCUGAGUUUUUUCCACUCGCGCUUGCGUACACCUACACACGGGAUCUGUCUGUCUACACUUAUACAUUGUCUCUCUCUCUUGGUUAUAACCUACGAGUGUGCGCGAGUGUGUUUUAUCCUUGAUUGAACUGUUCUAUAACGUUGUGUUCGUUGAGUUGAACGACGAGGACCUGGACGCUUUUUUUCGAGUUUUGAGUUUUUUUGAAGAAGAAGUUGCUCUCUACGCUGCGAUUGAAGAUUCGAGAGGUAGUCCAGGAGGCGCCAGUGAGCAGAUACGCAGCUCUGGAGCGGUGUGGAGUCGAGAGAGAGAGAGAGAGAGAGGAGUGUGGAUCUCGAGGCAGCCGUGUGAGCCCACGUGAAUAUGAGCAUGACUCUCGUACGGAAUUCGUUUAAAGCAGGGUGCAGCGAGGACGAAGCAGGUGCCGACGCGGAGGUGGGCGGCUGCGCGGACAACGCCGUCGUGUCGAAUGGCAUGAAGCAUCAUCAGCAGCGUCUACAGUCGGUCGAGGGCGUCUCCGAGGAGAGCAACAGCCAGAACACCAACAGCAACGACAUUAGCGGGCCUGGCAACAAGAGCGAGCGCUGUCCCCAGUGCGGCAUCGUCUGCCGCAAUUCCCGCAUACUUCAGCUUCAUCUCGAGGACCAGCACAAGCCCCUCAACGCUGCUUACGCCAUCGACAAGCACGACCUUCAGGCCCAGUUCUCCCAUCAAGUCUCGUGCAAGGUAUGCAGCAAAACUUUCGCCAACGUGUACAGACUACAGAGGCACAUGAUCAGCCACGACGAGAGCGCGGUGCUCCGCAAAUUCAAGUGUCCUCACUGUGAGAAGGCCUUCAAAUUCAAACAUCAUCUCAAGGAGCACUUGAGAAUACACAGCGGGGAGAAGCCCUUCCAAUGCAGCAACUGCAGCAAGCGCUUCUCCCACUCGGGUUCCUACUCGUCCCACAUGACGUCGAAGAAGUGCCUCGUGGUCAAUCUCAAGAAGUCGAGGCAAAGCUCCAUCGGCGCGACGGCCAACACCGAUCGCACUGCCGCCGGUAAGAAGUCCCAGUCCCAGCCACAGCAGCAGCAGCAGCAGCAGCAUCAGCCGACGCUGCAGGUCAGACGCGAGGCCGAGCUGCUCGCGGCGAAUAACAACACCCUGCUGCCCAUCCUGCCUAAGCUGUCGCCCUCGGACUAUCGGGACAUCCAGCGAGACGCAGCGGGUCCUUACGAUAUGCCAACCCUGCUGCCUCAGAUGGUCAACUUCGGCAGCUACUUCCUCCAGUCGUCGCUCGGCAAAAUUCUCAGCCAGCUGCACGCCCAGCAGCAGGAACAGCAGCAACAUCACCAUCAGCCCCAGCAGCAUCCGCAUCACAACAGUCAUCACCAGAACAGCCAUCAUCGUCUGGACGAGUCGGGCAGCGAGCACUACGACGCCCUGAGCCAGCAGAGCGAAGCUGCCCUCAGUCCCUCGACGACGGCCCCCGACUCCGAGGGCACGACUACCGAGGGUACCGAAGGUGGCAAAGAGUCCCCGGCACCGCCGCCACCGGCUCUGCGUCACCUGCCGCAUCCGGAGCAGUCUCAGGGCCUCGACGCCGUGAGGAGACUGCUGGAGACCGUCAAUACCUCGGUCACGAAGCAGCUGCUCGAGGCCAACGUGAAAAAGCUCGCGUCGUCGAUCGCCAUGGUCAUAAAGCGCGACAUGGACGAGGACUAUCCGGAUCAGGAUAGCGAGAUGUCGACCGAAGUGCCGCACUACCAGGACGAUUGGUCGGCGACGGAGCAGUGCGACUCGCAGAGCGAGGGUCUGGCCGCGAAGCUCGAGGAGGUGCACCAUAAAGCCGUGCCAGCGGCGGUGCCAAUCGUACCGCAACGUCAGUCUUUGAAACGCAAGGCGGAGAAUGGAUUGUCAACGCAUACCUCCGAAGCCGACAGCGAAGACGACGAAGAGCAAAUGCUGCAACAGAAUCAACAGGACAGCCAGAGCAACGGCGCCGCGCGCAGGGUCAGAGCGAGGUCGCUCAUCGACGACGAGCAGCUUGCCGUGCUCAGAGGCUACUACGCCAUAAACCCGAGGCCGAAGAAAGAGGAGAUCACGAUGAUCGCUAACUACAUCAAGUUUCCUACGCGCGUUGUGCAGGUCUGGUUCCAAAAUUCCCGAGCAAGAGACCGUCGCGAAGCCAAGAUACCGGCGCUGGUGCCGCUCUCGAGCCUGAACAAUCACGUGUUCAACGACCAGCCGCUCGACCUCUCGAAGAAAGAUGUCCUCAGAACGAUAUCGACGGCGAAAGACUGCAGCGACGCCUCGAGCAGGCACACCGCCUCGCCCUGCGGUCCCAAGGAGGACGCGCUUGUGCCGAAGGUACUCGCCAACAACAACAUCGAGCCCGAGGACGCGGACGAAUCGCCCCUCGUUAUUGACGAGGAAACCACCGACUCCGCCGAGGUCAAGCAGCCGCCGGCUAGCAUGCCCGUCGAGGUCAUCAUCAAGGCUCAAUCUCCGAUUAUACAAACUAAGAAUGACGCCGAGGCGAGGGUGAAUGCGGACCCUGCACCUCAAACAGAGACGGAACAAGAAGGACUGUACUUCUGCAACCAGUGCGAUAAGACUUUCUCCAAGCACAGCUCCCUAGCCAGACAUAAAUACGAACAUUCCGGGCAAAGGCCGUACAAGUGUCAGGAGUGCCCGAAAGCAUUUAAGCACAAGCAUCACCUGACGGAACACAAGCGACUGCACAGCGGCGAGAAGCCCUUCCAGUGUUCCAAGUGCCUCAAGCGCUUCUCCCACUCCGGCUCCUACAGCCAGCACAUGAACCAUCGUUACUCAUACUGCAAGCCUUACAGAGAAUAGACCGAAGACGGUCGGAAUCUUCGGCUCGUCGAAGCGAGCUAGCGAAGAGGAGACACUGAAUAAUGAAGAAAUGCGACAUCACCCCAGCAAGGAAACAAAGUAAAACGACGAAAGAACGUUUAUUAUAUUGUAUAUGCACGUUAUAUAGAUUUGUAAAAGCUCAAGGAAGACAGUAAACAAGUAAAAUUGUUGAAGACAAUGACGAAAAGGUAAAAGUUCGCUCAAAGCGCUGCUUUACCACAGGAAAACACGUUUUCGAUUUGAAUAUGAGAUAUAUUGUCGAGAGACGUAGGUAGGGUGGAUAGGCGGGACGAAAUGAGGAAAGAGACGAGUAAAGCGUUGAGUAGAAUAACCAAAAGACGUAACGGUACCAAAAAAGCAUAAUGCAAUAAUCUAUUAUAUACAUACGAUAUAGCAUACAUAAUAUUUUAUUAUUUUUAUUAACAAGAUAUUAUAUAUACCAUGACAAUAAUAAGGAAACUAAUUAAUGUACAAAUUUGUUAGAAGAAAAAAAAAAACGUUUGCUCUAUAAGGGUUUAAGGGGUGGGGGCGCGUAUCCGCGGUUUCAAGAGAUAAAGAAAAAACAAUUUAGAGAGAGAGAUUAGCGAGUACGCACUGUGUAUAUAGGAUUAUAAUGCGCGAACGUCUAUAAUAUGAUGGACUAUUUACAUUAUAAGCGUCGAUGAGCGUAAGUUAAGAGGGAUGUCUCGAAUUUCUUGGUCAGAAACUCUUGCGUUCUCUUUUUAUCAUUGUACGAACCGCAUGUUUUUUUUUAUUUCAUUUUUUAAGGUUUUUGAUGUCUUAUGUAUGUUUAGAACUUGUUUUCUUUUGUUUUUCGUAUAUGUUUAGCAAAAUUUCGUUUCUAUUUGAUGUCUAUUCGUUGAAGUUUUAUAUACAAUGGCGUUUCUCUUGAGCGUCGAUACUUUGAGGUAAUAAGAGUCGAACGAGACCUUAGCUCGGGUCAGUCUUUCAAGUCACUAUUUUUUCUCCUGCAAAGGGGGCCUUACAUAAGAGAAGCUGCUCGACUCGUGCUCAUUCCAUUAGAAUCAAGACGCUCGAGACAAGCUCCAAUUCGAGAUGAACCUAGCAGGGGACGGUUUUGCGAAUCAAGCCCACUCGAUCACUUUACGAAGCGUUGAAAUCACUUUGUUGAAUGCACGAUUUUACUUUCGUAACGAUAUAGAGAUAUAUUUCCGUCACAUAGUAGACGCGAAUGAUUUUUAAAGCACGUAUUUAUGAAUAAUCUAAGAUUAUCACAAUAAAUGCAAUUUAUUUUAAACACGAAAAAUUCGUUCGAUACUUAUACGUGAAAAUCUUAUGAAAUUGAUUGUGUAUGUGUAGUAGAUUUUUUUUUAAAACUAACUCAAAGACAAUAAGAGUAAACCUACAACAGUGCCAUAUUGUAAAAAGCAAUCAACAAAGUGGUAUAAACGAGCGGCGUACAACUAACAUCGAGGGGCGCGCCAAAGAUGACUAUAAUUAAUAAUAAAGCAUUAAAGUAAACAGAUUUACCGGUAAGAAUCGGAAUUUACAGGGCCUUGCGGAUCGGUGUAAGAGGUCACUAGCGAGUAGCAAAGUCGAGGCCUGACACUUCCAUAAUAUGUACCGGGGAUCCACUACUUGCCAAAGAAAAAUUAACCCCGGUUAGGAAGAAUUGAUGUCGUCAUGCUUUGACGACGGAAAUGCAUUUGAUUUUGAUAUACGAUGCUUUUACUGAUGAGACGUCGUGUGUACUUAUUCUUUUUGAUUUUUUCGUGUAAUGCGUAGAAAUAUAAAUCGUCAGCUCUCUUCCGUUCAUUUUCGCGCGUCACUCUUUCCGUUUUUUAUACGUUGGAUAUUCAAAGUGUACGAGGCGAUUCAUUUCGAUGCACAUUCCGUUUCUUUUUGUACGAUGUAUCAGUCAUGCGAAAAUGGAAAAAAAAAGAAAAACAGUGGACAUACAUUCUCGUCGCCUUCUACUUUUCACUUUCUGUGUACGCGUCCCGUUUGAUUUUAUUUUUGUACUUCUCUUACGUUUUUCGAACCGUGGACGUCGUGAGACAAUAAUAAAUAAAAGUAAAAUAGGGCGAACCGUCGACUGACUUGAACUUUUUUAUUUAACCGCGCCGAUGAUCGAAGAAAAGAUUUAUAAUUGUACAUAUAUAAAUAUAGAGAGAGUAAUGAAAAUAGAUAAUGAAUACAAAGCCCAGUGAAACGCGUUUUGUUUAUCGACUCGCAAAGCGGAUUUCUUCACGGCGAUCUCCGAGGCCCGCUUUUUUAAAGGUUCUAUAAGUAUGAUAUUAAAAUGCUUCCAAAUACACUACUAUUGUAAAGGUAAAGCAAAUGAAAACCUAAUGAUCGUACGACGAUUUAUAUGAUUUUAUUUGUUCGGCCGCAUCUUUAGGUAAGCCAAAAAAUAAGAUGGAAAGAAUUUACAGAUGACGAUAAUUAAUACUCGAGAAUGUAUUUUAUAAGAGUUUAUUCGUCUUUUUUAUUUACACGUACCACGAGUGAUAAGUGAUAUUGUUAUUAAUAUUACGAUUAUCGUAUACUUUAUACAUAUAUAUAUAUAUAUAUAAACAAAGAAACGCAUUAUAAUCCACACGUGGAUGCUAAAAGAUAUAGAAAGCGAGUAAGAAUGAUAAUGAUAAUAAAGCGAGGCAUUUACCUAAGAAAAAUCGAUAUAGAAUCUAAUCGCCGGAGCAUACGAAAUGCAGGAAUGGGCACUGCGCAAUUGCUUUUCCGACGACUCUUUGAUCAAUUACACGUUACGACAUAUUUUUAUAAAUAAGAACUUUAUAUGAGACACAAAAUGUAAAUAAAAUAUUUUCGUCAUUUAUAACCACAUAGCAAGAAGAGUUUAUUCGAUUCAGUGAAGUACUAUUUUGCUGAUUCAACGGUGAUUUCCUUGUAAAAAUCGACAAUAAUGCAGCACUGAAAGUACUGUAUACUUAAUAGCAAGAUUAUUCCUCGAUUGAAACGAUAACUUCCUUGGGUGAAUUAUAUUACGAAAUAUAUAUGACUUCGACUAAGUACACCGAGUAUAAAAUAUACUCGAUGAUAAAGUUCUAUUUUCUACUUUCUUUCUCUAUACAGUAGCAUCAAAGAAAAAUUUAUACGACAACGUAAUUGAGCUCGAGUCGUGCACGAAAGCAAUUGGCCUGUCCAUUCCUGGGAAAACCAGGAACAAUACAUAAAAAAACUACCGGCGAAACAAAACGAAUCUGUGUACUUCCUUACGUAGAAGCUUCGGUUAUCCGCGACAGGCAUCGUGUCCACCACUAAUAUAAUAUAUUAUAUAAAUAUAUGAGAGAAGAAAAAAGGGAAUAACAAACGGAGAAGCAUCAAGGAAAGAAUACAAUGGAACGAUACGAGCGACGAUGCUUAUAAUACUCAUUUAUAUUAGUGUUAACACUUAAGAAAUAUAUUUUUAUAUAAUUAUAGCGUAAUAUUUACGAUAAAAAGGUAACGACUAGAGUCGUCGAGGUGACCGUGCACGCUACGCGACUCAAUAUAUAUGUAUACAUACUUACUCAGCCCCCACCCCUUGAAACAACGAUUUAAAUCGAGCAGGGAAAAAAAUCACUCCCUCCUCUACUGUUACAGUCUUGUGAACGAUUCUGUAACGACGAGAUGCAACAAAAGGAAAAAAAAAACAAUGAUGGAAGGAUAAGGCCACACAAACGAUACACUUACACUAUAUACAUAUUGUUAUAUGCAUGUACGCAGUUGGAUAUUAUUUGUACUUUCUUUUUUCAUUAAAAAAUAACAUUAACAUCCCAUUUCGUUUGGUUCUUAUUUUAUUUUUACUCGUAAGUCUUAUCACGUACACGAGUAGGGGAUUCGCGUACUAGACCUGAGACGUAAUAAGUAUACCGCAUAUACUAUCAUUGAAAAAUAAAAUAUAACAAAAGUGAAAGUAAAACCAUACCUAUAUACGCUGAAUCAAAAGACAAUAAACUUCGAAAUAAGGACAUCUGCCAGAAGCGCUGAAAAAAUACGAUACCCCCAGGCGACCGUUUUUUUCCAUCCAUACAUAGAGAAUCUAAAUCUCUCUCUCUCUCUCUCUCUCUCUCUCUCUCUCUCUCUCUCUCUCUCUCUCUCUCUCUCUCUCUCUCUACCAUCCAACUGCGUGUUACACGCUUACCUCUCGUUCCGCUCCCGCUUUCGGCCAUCUGGUCGGCUGCCGCCGGGUAUAUAUAUAGCCCGCAUAUAGGUAUACCUGUGUGUGUACACGCGCAGGCACGUGGGCAACUAUCAACGUUCGCCACGUGUGCACACCCCCUGCGAGAUUUAUUUUCGGUGAAAAUCUCGCCGCUCGAGAAUUUUUUUCCUUCUCCUCCUUCCGUACUUCUGUCCAAUGGAGAGAAGGGAAAAUUAUCGGUCGACGUAGAGAUGUAUUACGAAUAUAGGUAUACGCCGCUUUUAAUGAAUUAUGCAUUGUGUGUAUUGUAAAAAAAAAAAGGAACGAAGAGAAGCUUUUGCCGUUGCAUUUUUCCGAACUUAAGCUUUCGCGAGUGAAUUAUUCUAUAGUAGGACACGCCGUGUUUUGAAGUAUAAUUAGUCGUUAAAUAGAAGAUAGGGAGGAAGGAGUUACGUAUACGUAUUGAGAGGUUUUUUUUUGUAUGUUUUUAUAUUUCUGCUUAAGUUACAUUAAUUUUACUUUCGUAUGCACUCUCACCACUUGUAUAGAAUAUUUUAAAGUAUACCUAUAUAUACACUACAAUUAUACUUACGAAGCGUAAGAAAAAAGUUACGAACUCAGAAAAUAUAUAGACACUGUAAUAUUACCGCUUGAAAGUGCCCCUUUCUAUUCGAAAAAGUCGUUCUCGCAUUCCGCUGAAAGAAAAAUCCUUUCCCUAUAUAAAAUAUCCUCAAAGCUAUAACAAAUAAACUAUGUCUAUACACCUACACGUAUACACACACUGACAGACACACCGGCGUUACGUAUAUGUAGUCUCAGAUAAAGAAAGAGAGAAAAAAAACCAGAGCAACUCAUCUCCGUGACUUCUUAAGCCGACGAUAAUAAAA